UUUCUGUACAGUGUUGCACUCAUUACACAUUAUCAGAAACCUCUUCAGGAGCUGUCCGGUACAUCGGUUGCACAAUUUAGGGACGAAUUAAACCUUUUUUUUGGAAUAAAUUACAUUUCUGUCCGAGCUUGUAGACACUUCAUCGAAAGAAAAGAAGAUGGCGCAGUGGUGCCAGCUCCAGAUGCUGGACUGUAAAUACCUGGAGCAGGUGGACCAGCUGUAUGACGACUCCUUCCCCAUGGACAUCCGCCAGUACCUGAGCAAGUGGAUCGAGAGCAUCGACUGGGACACGGUGGCGAUCCAGGACUCCCUGGCCACGGUCCGGUUCCACGACCUCUUGGCUCAGCUGGACGACCAACACAGCCGCUUCGCCCUGGAGAACAACUUCCUGCUACAGCACAACAUCCGCAAGAUCAAGAGGAACCUGCAGGAUCGGUUCCAGGAAGAUCCGGUCCACAUGGCCAUGAUCAUCUCCAGGAACCUGAAGGAGGAGCAGAAGAUUCUGGACACAGCGAAGAGUGCCGAGCAGGAGGGUGAGGGGACGGUGUCGGCCAUGGUGGUUGAGAAACAAAAGCUCGACCUCAAAGUGAAGGAGAUGAAAGACAGAGUCCAGGUGGCGGAUCAAAACAUCAAGAACCUCGAAGAUCUGCAGGACGAGUACGACUUCAAAGUCAACACACUGAAGAACAGAGAGAAUGAGAUAAAUGGCAUGACACAGAAGGAGCUGGAGAAAGAGAAGAUGACAGUUGGGAGGAUGUGCUUUGAACUGAAAGCCAAACGACAGGACGUGGUGACGCAGCUGACCGACCUCCUGAACGUCACCCAGGCGCUGCUGUCUGACCUGAUAUCAGAGGAGCUGCCGGAGUGGAAGCAGCGGCAGCAGAUCGCCUGUAUCGGCGGACCGCCCAACGCCUGCGUGGACCAGCUGCAGAACUGGUUCACAGCAGUAGCAGAGAGUCUGCAGCAGGUCCGUCAGCACCUGAAGAAGCUGCAGGAGUUGGAGCAGAAGUUCUCCUACGAGAGCGACCCCAUCACACAGAAGAAAGCUUAUCUGGAGGCCCGAGCACUGGACCUCGUCAAGAACCUCCUCUCCAACUCCCUGGUUGUGGAGAGGCAGCCCUGCAUGCCCACCCACCCUCAGAGGCCGCUGGUGCUGAAAACAGGCGUCCAGUUCACUGUGAAACUCCGGUUCCUGGUGAAGCUGCAGGAGUUUAACUACCAGCUGAAGGUCAAGGCCGUGUUUGAUAAAGAUGUUACAGAGAAGAAAGGGUUUCGGAAGUUCAACAUUUUGGGAACAAACACCAAAGUCAUGAACAUGGAGGAGUCGAACGGCAGCCUCGCAGCAGAGUUCAGACAUCUGCAACUGAAAGAGCAGAAAGUCGCUGGCAACAGAACAAACGAGGGUCCUUUGAUCGUCACCGAGGAGCUUCACUCGCUCAGCUUCGAGUCCGAGCUGCAGCUCAACCAGUCGGGACUCGACAUCAAACUAGAGGCCAUUUCUCUGCCCGUUGUUGUCAUCUCGAACGUCUGUCAGCUGCCCAGCGGCUGGGCCUCCAUCCUCUGGUACAACAUGCUGACCACCGAGCCCAAGAAUCUGAAGUUCUUCCUCAGCCCUCCGUCGGCGAAGUGGUCUCAGCUGUCCGAGAUUCUCAGCUGGCAGUUCUCCUCCGUCACCAAGCGAGGCCUGAAUCAGGAGCAGCUCAACAUGCUGGCUGACAAACUGCUCGGAGCCAAAGCCCAGAGGAACCCAGAGGGUUUAAUCCCCUGGACCAAGUUCUGCAAGCAGAGUGCCAACGAGAAAGCUUUUCCCUUCUGGUUGUGGAUCGAAGGAAUCCUGGAUGUGAUCAAAAGACAUCUGCUUUCUCUCUGGAACGACGGCUCCAUCAUGGGCUUCAUCAGUAAGGAGAGGGAGAAGGCUCUGCUGAGUGAUAAGUGUCCGGGCACCUUCCUGCUCAGGUUCAGUGAGAGCAGCAGAGAGGGAGCGAUCACCUUCACCUGGAUUGAACACGACGUCCACGACAAGCCGGUCUUCCACUCUGUGGAGCCGUACACGAAGAAGGAGCUGACCGCCGUCUCUCUGCCCGACAUCAUCCGCACCUACAAGGUGAUGGCCGCUGAGAACAUCCCCGAGAACCCGCUCCGCUUCCUCUACCCCAACAUCCCGAAAGACAAGGCCUUCGGGAAGUACUACCCCAAACCCUCAGAGGCUGCAGAGCCCAUGGACGUGGAGAACCCAGAGAGAACCGGCUACAUGAAGACGGAGCUUAUAUCUGUCUCAGAAGUACAUCCGUCCAGAUUGCAGGACAACAUGAUGCCGAUGUCUCCUGACGACUACAAAGCUUUGUCGCAGUACGUCAGUCCCAGAGACAUCGACGCCGUGGCCAACAAUCUGAUUUCUGGAUUUGAGUUUGACGCUGAGAUGAGUGCAGAGUUUCCGGACCAAAACUGAGGACGGCCGAGCGUCAACACGUCAUCCACAUCUUUUUCUUUCAGAGCUUUUGUCUUUGAGGUCGUGAGAUCUCCGUUGAUCAUGUAACAUGCUCUUAGUGGUUCUGCAGACCUUUAAAACUCUCUGAUUUAUAGUGUCGGAGAAGCAUUUAAGAUGAGAUACAGGCAAAUACAGUAACCAGUCACCUUGCACCUCGUCAUGUUAGUUCCCAAGUAGGUCUGCGUUUUAUAUGUUUGUCUACAUGUUUCCAAAAGAGCAGAAUCAAUGCUGCCACUCUCUGUAAAUAUAUUUCUUUUAGUGAAAUGUGAACCUUCUCCUAAUCUAACUGUAAAACAGUGAAAUUGUCGAAUGUGACUGUGCACUUUGUGUUUGUAGCAGAAAUACCAUUAAAACACAUCACAGGGAACUUUAUUUAACAUCUGCCUUCAUGUUAGUGGAGCCUCUUUGCAUUACGAAAUGUAUGUGGCGGUUUCCUGCAGCAGCGUGAGCUUUUUAUUUAAGAGACUGUAUCAUUAAGUUUGUUUUUUCCAAAAUAAAAAAACAAAAAUCAAAUAUCCUGUUACUAAAGAUGAUCCAAUGCUAAUUAAAAAAGUGAAAUUAGGGAA